GCCAAGCGGAAAGGAGGAAAGUUUAAGGAAGCAAAAGAAGCAAAACAUCUGUCCCGACCACAUAAUUUGUCAAACUUGAAAUGUUGUCUUGUGCCAUACGCAGUGCCUUCCAUUCCCUGAAUUGGGCCCAAUGCCCAAGUAUGCGGAUUCUAUGGCGGCGGGGAUUGACUGGGCCUGCCAUGCCUCGGCCCUGUCCUGGUAUGCAGGUGCAGGCUGGGCAAGUCUUCGAGCUCAUAACCAUGAAUGGUUUCAUUUAAGUCCGGUCAUCGCCUCUUGUAUUCAUCGUCCUGAAUCAGGCUACCGACCUGGGCCAUUUGUUCUUCCUCUCGCUCAGGUCCUGUCAGACUGUUCCGAUCCUAAGGAGACAGUAUACGGCCUGUUCGUUCGGAUUGAAUGGAUUUGCUUCCUGUCGAGCCUUGAUUUCUGUUGUGUAAUUUCCCCUACACCACCCUCAAAAGGUCUCAAUCAUGGGCUCCCCUACCGUCUCCGUUCUUGUAACUAUAUUAUGCAUCUUUUCCCUUCAAGUAUGGGCAGUGCCCCAUGGAGGAUCGAGGAAUAGCUCAGCCUCCCGAGUUAUGUCGCCGUUACAGCAUUUUCCUCCAAUUAAUUACCAACCCAAGCCCUCGUGAGUCUUCGGAAUUCCUUACACGAUAAAGAACCAAUCUGCUCAACCAUGGCUUU